UUACAUCACCAUCUUCCAUGCACUCCAAUACCACAACAUCAUGACAAUGCAGCGCACUGGGGCCAUCUUGGGCAUCAUCUGGACUGUAUGCGGGGGCUUGGGCGUGCUGAUGAUAUUGUUCUUUGACUUCAAGCUCAUCAUGAUCUGCUUCGUCAUAUUGUUUUUCAUCUCCUUGGUGAUUAUCUGCUCGCUGUAUGUCUACAUGUUCAUGCUGGCACGUAUCCAUGCCAGAAAGAUUGCAGCGUUACCGGUUGGUGGCAGGAAUAAUCAUCACCAGCAGCGGUGGGGGAGCAACAUGAGAGGGGCCCAGACCAUCACUAUCCUGUUUGGGACGCUGGUGGUUUGUUGGUCGCCAUUUUUUUUCCACCUCGUCAUCAUCAUGGUGUGCCCCAUGAACCCUUACUGCGAGUGUUACCGAUCGCUGUUCCAGCUGCAUGUGGCGCUGCUGACGAGCCAUGCCCUCUUUGAUCCAGCCAUAUACGCCUUCCGCAUUGCCGAGCUCAGGCACACCUUGAGGAAGAUGCUGCUUUGUUCUGACUGGAAGCUCUGCUCGUAGAGACACCUGAUUGCUUAUUUUAUUUUAGUCUGUUUAUCCAGUCAAAUGUUAGCUUUUCAUCAAAGUGUCCUUCGCUCAGUUGAAUAUUCAAAUUUUAGAGUGAACUGUGAAAGGAUUACUUUGUUGCCACUAAGCAGCUGUUUUCUCCAAAGGGCAUUCUUUAGAGACAUCCUGUGUAUUUGAAUAAGCACUGUGACUCUGACUACUGUCCGUCGAUCUCCUCUCUGUGUUGCUUGAAUCCACUGUCUCCUCAUUUCUCCCAACACUUGGAUGUUACCUACUUUCACACCAAGUGUCAAUGCAUUCAUGUUUGAAAUGAACCUCCUGUGCUAACAUCCCAACGCAUCCAUUUUAUAGAGUCUGUUACCAAUGAACAUGCAUUUUUUCUCAAAUCUGAGUGACACGAUGUCCACAUUUACAAAUGUGAAAAAUAAAUUGACAACACUCUCAUUUUGCUAUCUGCUUUUAUUCAGACACAAUAAAAAUAAGUCAUCUUAAGCCAACAAAACAUCACUUAUUUGAACUGAAGCUCACGUUUACAUUUCUUCAUGCCAUCACCGAACAUGAAACAUGAUCCCACAGCUGUUUGCAUUGUGUCACUGCACAUAUACACAGAACUUAGCAUGCAACUAGCAAUCAAAACACAAGCUAAACCUUGAUCCAGGAACAUAUAAUGUUCAGUGUUGUUGCUGCUGCUUUUUGUGGGAACGAGAACGGAGCACUUCACAAUAAUCAGCAACAAUGAAUAACAAAACUGCACAAAUGCUACACUGGAAAUGGAUGUACACUUAGCAAAAUAUUUGUUUUCUUUACUAAUUAAACUUAUAAUGAAGACAAAACAAUGUACAGUUUUACAUCAAUAUUCAAAGCACACUG